CGACUUUUUAUAUCAUAUAUAACUCGCCUGAUAAUAUUUUUAAGAUGUAAAAUUUCUGUAGGGGUCAGUAAAAUAUCUAUUGUAGUUGCAAGUAUCUUUACGAGACAUGCCAUACAGCUGCAAUUUAUCAAGUGACGCCUGCGCUUUGCCUGAAAAUGAGAAACAGAGAAAAAUCACAUAUGACGAUGCAACAUGGGUUAUGACCAGUUCUUUCAUAAUAUUUACUAUGCAGUCAGGUUUUGCUUUGUUGGAAGCUGGAUGCGUUACACGUAAGAGCGAAGUGAAUGUGCUGAUGAAAAAUAUUGUGGAUAUAGUUUUUGGAGGACUCAGCUAUUGGAUGUUUGGUUAUGGUAUGAGCUAUGGGACUUCAAGAGGAACAAAUCCUUUCUUUGGUGUAGGAAAUUAUUUCGUUGAUACGCAAGAAAUAAAUAUGGGCUACUUAUAUACAACUUACAUCUUUCAGUUAUCAUUCGCAUCAACAGCAACAACCAUUGUAUCGGGAGCAGUUGCUGAAAGAUUCAAUUUCUCAGCUUACUGCAUAUAUUCUUUUCUAAACACGUUUAUAUACUGUUUACCGGCCGGAUGGAUAUGGGCAGAUGAAGGAUUUCUUAAUCAUUUAGGCAUUGUCGACAUUGCUGGUUGUUGUCCUGUUCAUCUUGUUGGAGGAGCUUCAGCUUUAGUGGCAGCUGCUAUGGUCGGACCACGAAAUGGAAGAUAUGAAGAAGGAAGGACGAAUGAAAAUAUUAAUUCUCCUACUAAUGCUAUGCUAGGCAUGUUCAUUCUGUGGUGGGGGUGGCUCGGAUUCAACUGUGGAAGUACUUUUGGGGUUACUGGAACGAAGUGGAAAUACGCUUCCAGAUCAGCGAUAACUACUAUAAACGCUUCAAUAGGAGGAGGACUAGCAUCUUUUGUUUUCAGUUUUCUCCAAUACAGAAAAAAAUUUCUGAUUUCGAACCUUAUAAAUGGAAUAUUAUCAGCUUUAGUUGCCAUAACAGCUGCCUGCGUUUUAUAUAAUCCAUGGGAAGCUCUACUUAUCGGUGCCAUCAGUUCUUUGCUAACAAACCUUGCUAUGCCAGCAAUUGAUGCCAUAAAGAUAGACGACCCAGUCGGUGCCAUACCUGUGCAUUUAGUAGGGUCAAUAUGGGGUAUGGUUGCUGUGGGUCUCUUUGUGGAAAAAGAUUCGAUGCUAGCUUUAAGCAAAGGAGAGGCAGGAGUCUUCCAGAAAGGUGGCGGCUUCUAUUUAUUAGGAAUACAGACCUUAUCAGUUAUAAUCGUCGGCGUGUGGAGCCUAUUUAUGACAUACAUCCUCUUACGUGUUAUUAAUGUAGUCGUUCCCCUGCGAAUAAAGUUGGAAGAUGAAGAAGUUGGAGCUGAUGCCGUUGAACAUAAUAUUAAGCAUUACAAAAACAUGGAAAUGAGGCAAUUUUCUUGCAAUUCUUCAUUAACGAUGGGGAGUUCGCCUUCCCUAAUAUAA